GCGCUGUAUCAUGUCAUGAUCGUGUCAGUUUUCUUACCCCUCCCGAGCCCACUUUCUUGCCUUGGCUUCACGCCACUGGGCUUUCCCGGAAAGCACAUGCUAAGGGGGCGGGAGGUGCAUAUACUUAGCCGUGGGACAGACUGCGAGCAGAGCCUUGUACAGACAGCGCGGGGAGAAGCAGCCGUGCAGCACACACUGGUUAGUGCCAACUAUAACGGAGGGCACGGUAUAGAGCGCAGAUGCCCUGUGGCGAUAACAGCAGCAACAGAAUCCAUUCUAUCGGAAAUAGCUGUCGCACGACUGAAUUCUAGAGGAAGGUGUAUAGGGGAUACUGAACAUACAGCAAAAUUGAGAUUGCGACAUCGCUCAUCUGUAAAAUCUUUAGCCGGCAUGUCUGCGAUCCGGGAGCCCAGUCAGAACGUUUUAACGCAGGUCUUCUUGUACUGUUUCUACACAAUCCUGCUGGUGACAAGUGCUGUUCAAGCCAUACAUAAAGAAAUGUGUCCUCAAGCUGAAAUAGAUCUAAAUCUAUCCAAGUUGGAUGAUUUGAUUAACAGCCAAGUGAUAAUGGAAAAAGUUAUAAAAGUGAAUUUACUGCAGAAAACAAAUGAGAUGUCAGACGCUUGCUUUCUCCAAGGGUCAGUGUCACAGCUUCAUGGCAUAUUGGAAUUGGUGAAAUUCAAAAAAGAUUCUCCCCACAAAAACUAUAUAGACAACCUGAAGAAUAUUUUCAAUAGCCAUAUAGCAGACUGUAUGAAUCUUUGGGAUGAUACCAACAUUAUGGAUAUAGAAGAUAACUGCAAAGCCACUUGUUAUCUUGAUCCUACUGGUUUAUUGGAAAAGGUGAAAGAGCUACUGGAGAUAGCUCAGAACUUCAUAAAAGGCAAAAACACACCUUCCGAUGAUUGUGGGCAAUAUUUUGAAAUGUGUGUGGCAACAGAGAAGAAUUCAACAGGUCCCCCUCAUUGGGAAAGUACUUCCCCUGUCACCCCUGUUCAUCCUCUCACAGUCAAUCAGAAGCCCCAAAGUGAUAUGCCAUCAACUAACCAUACUUCUCAUUCUUCUAUGGAUAUUAGUGUGAAAUCAUCUGACAGUUACCAUCACAUGCCAACCAGGUCUCUGGGGAUGCCAAAAAUCAGCGAUACCACAUCAGCCCCAAUGAAUGGGAUGACAAAAGAUCAUCCGGAUACAAAUAUGAAGCUGACACAUACAGAAAUAGAGGCUAACUAUAGCAAUGUCAUUAUUUCAAAUAAUAGAAUAUAUACACCAAAUGCCAGCACAGAACCUUCUCAUAUUAGCACCACAGAGCCUUCAGUCACUAGUGGCACAGAGCCUCCUCAUACUAGUGGCACAGAGCCUCCUCAUACUAGUGGCACAGAGCCUCCUCAUACUAGUGGCACAGAGCCUCCUCAUACUAGUGGCACAGAGCCAUCUCAUACUAGUGGCACAGAGCCAUCUCAUACUAGUGGCACAGAGCCAUCUCAUACUAGUGGCACAGAGCCUCCUCAUACUAGUGGCACAGAGCCUCCUCAUACUAGUGGCACAGAGCCUCCUCAUACUAGUGGCACAGAGCCAUCUCAUACUAGUGGCACAGAGCCUCCUCAUACUAGUGGCACAGAGCCUCCUCAUACUAGUGGCACAGAGCCUCCUCAUACUAGUGGCACAGAGCCAUCUCAUACUAGUGGCACAGAGCCAUCUCAUACUAGUGGCACAGAGCCUCCUCAUACUAGUGGCACAGAGCCUCCUCAUACUAGUAGCACAGAGCCUCCUCAUACUAGUGGCACAGAGCCAUCUCAUACUAGUGGCACAGAAAAGCCUCAUACUAGUGGCACAGGAAAGCCUCAUACUAGCGCUGAACCUCCAGGUAACAACACUGAAAGAUUACAUAUUAGUAGUGAAUCUCCACACACUAGCACUGAACUUUUACUCUUUAACAUUAAUCUUCCCCGUAACAGCUUUGAAUCUCUACAUGCUGGCACCAAGCUUCUUUAUGCUGGUUUUGAUUUACUUCAGUCUAGUACUGAGCAUCCAUCAAUUAAUUCCCAUAUGAAAGGUAGCACAGAGCCUCCAUUUUCUGGCGUGAAUCAGCCACAUAAAAGUAUAAGCCCCCCUCAGACACAGCUUUAUAGUACAGAGCCAACAAGUAACAAACAGGAUUCAAGCAAUUACAUGAUACCUUCUUCUACUGAUGAAAAAACUUCAUAUGCUAACCUAGUAAGCCCAGAUACAGUAACAGAUUCUAAUUCAUAUCUUAAGUCCCCUUUUACUAUGGAACCAGAUCUGAAAAUAUCAGUACCCCAGACCCCUGACAGUGAACUAUUCCAGAGCCCAUCGGAUAUCCAAUUUGGCAUAACUCACAAAGGGGUGCAUGACUCCUUAGGGGAUAUAACAGAAGUGGACUCUGGCCUACAUAACUCUUUCACCAUCACCCCAAAGAUGCGGAGACCAAGUAUAAACACUGCAAAGAAACCUCAAACAUUUUUUCCACUCUCUUCUACUGGCAUUGGGGAUUUCCAUUUGAGCAAAGCUGCAGUGACAGUGUCUCCUGAUGAAAAAGAUAGAGAGACAGAGGACAGUGGCCUUGGCUGGGCAGCCAACAUGCUUGGCUUGAGCCCUCAGAACACUGUAUCUUCCAAAAAUGAACUUCCUGUGCUAUCCCCAGUACAAACUAUGCAGCCAAAAGAUACAUCAAAUAAAGAGGGAGAGUUGUACCACCAUGUUCUGCAAUCAGAAAGAUACAUCUUAUCACAUGAAAGGGAAAAUGGGGUUGCAGGCCCCAACUAUGAUUUUAACAUGCCCCCUGUUAUUGACACAGACCAGCCAUAUAACGACAGAAACAGUGAGAAUGCAAAGGACAGAGGAUACCGGUACAGCCUCAUUUCAUGCAUCGUGGGAAUGCUGCUGUGUUUGAGUGCUAUGCUGUACUUAUUGCACAAAAACAGGGUACUGAGGAGACAGCUUCAGCGAACACAGCAUGACCCAGAGGUGCCAGAGCAGAGACCUUUGCAGAUGCAACAGUUUGAAGUGUGAAGAACUGUAAAAUUUACAUAAAGUUUGGAAAAUAAGAAGGACCUUCAUGGUGGCAUCUGUUGCAGGCACGAUAAGCUGAUGGAUUGUUUUCUGAUUUAACCUUCUGCCGUGAGACUAACAGACAAGUCUGUGCACCCUGAUAGCUGUAUAAUCACAGGCUUCCAUUCAUAACCAACAAAGUUGCUGAUACCAACACUUAAAAGGAUCUUUAAUUCACCGGCUAAGUCUUCCUAUGGAAAUUGUGGCUAAAAUCUCAAACCGCUCUCUGGAUAAAAAGAUGUCAUAAACUUACAAUAUGCUGAAUGUCGAACCACAAAAAAUAUAGUUAUUUCAUAAGUUAAAUAAUAUAGAAAUAUAUAUAUAUAUAUAUAUUAGAUAUAAAUGUGUGCAAGAAAACUAUAUUUGUUCAAGAAAGAGAACAGAAUUCCUUAAAUGGUGGAUGGAGAUACACGUUCAUGUGGAAAUAAAGACCAGACAACAUUGGUGAAUAAACUAGAGGAAAUUCUUAAGGUACGCCGUGAGAAGGAAUGUUGGCCAUAGUGACUACUGUACAAUGUGUAAGAUUUAUGGUGGCAAAGAAAAUGACUUUUUUUUCUACUGGACUUCCAAGUUUUGCCAUAUUUCAAUAUCUUAAACAUAGGACCGGAAAACUGUUGUUACAACCUACAGACACUUAAAACAUGGAUUCUUUGCUUUAGAAUUAACACCUGGGAUGUAAAUUCUGUUUGGUUUGAUAACUGGGUUAGUGGGGUACACUCACUGCCUUUCAUGCAAAGCAUGCGUCCUUACCGUAUGUAGGAAGAAGAAACCCUUCCAUUUUUAUAAACUGAAUGUUGAGCUGAGCUCUUAUAGAAGCCUUGGUCAUUCUGUGCUGGUCACAGAUUUGGAGGGGGUAUCUUUAUAGUUUUUAUAGGAUCUAAAAUGUUUUGUUAUGUAUUUUUUUACUUUAACAUUAUGACAUUUUUAUUUUUAAAGAGGUUAAUUUAAGUAAAUAUAUAUUUAACAGUUA